CCGAGCGCUUACCGCCACUUGCCAGCGCCGCCAACUUCGGAGCGUCGGGCAGGGCCAUGGGGGUGCCCCAGGGUCGGAUCACGUAACCGCGGCGCCCUGAGAGCCAGCUCUGCCCCUCCAGCGUCCGGGCCAUGGGCGGCCGCGGCGCCCCCCAGUGUGCGGCGCCGCCCGCGGUGGUCGAGAGCGGCCCGACUCGGGAGCCGCUGCCGCUGCUGGAAGUGUCCCCACGCAAGAGGCUGCCCUCCGGGCCCGACCAGGACCCAUGCGGCAACCGCCCUGCCCCCGAGGGCGCCGGGGCCGGCGCAGAGCAAAGCCACUCGGCCAGCGGGGGCGGCUGGUGUCGCCACUGCCACACGAAGCUUGUGGAGCUCAAACGACAGGCAUGGAAGCUGGUCAGUGGACCCGGGACGCCCCUCCGAGAUCCCUGCCUCUCUGCUCUGCUUCUGGACAAACUCCCUGCCCCGGGGGUCCUGCCGGCGUGCCGCCCGGAGGCCGAGCGCCGCUGUGACGUCUGCACCAUGCACCUGCAUCAGCUCACGCGGGAGGCCCUGCGCCUGCUCCAGGCCCCUGCCGGCCGCGGGAACCCUGAGGCCCCCCAUGGAGGCCCUGCGUCCCCCGGCACUGGACCCGUGACCAGCCCCAGGGACGCACUUGGGCCAGUGGGCCCUAUGGGGAGGCAGCCCCCAGCAGGGCCCGACAGGAGGAAGGGACUGGCCUGGCCACCUGGGCCCAGUGUCCAGGUGUCUGUGGCUCCAGCGGGCCUUGGCGGGGCGCUGAGCACAGUCACCAUCCAGGCCCAGCAGUGCUUGGAGGGCAUGUGGAGCGUCUCAAGGGUCAACAGCAUCUUGCCGCCCACCUGCCUGGCUGAGGCAGCGGUGGCCGCCGUGGCGGUGGCAGACACAGUCCGAGACUCUCCCCCCAUGGUGGGCCCUGAUGGUGUGUCCAAGAUGUGGGGCCGUGGUGGGGCCUGUACGUCAGCCCUGGUCACUCCAGCCCCAGGUACCUCUGCAGGGGGCUCCACAGGCCCAUCAUCAGCCGCAGCCUCCUUCUUUAUAAGGGCCGCCCAGAAGCUCAGCUUGGCCUCCAAGCGCAAGAAGCACCACCCACCACCUGCCCCUGCUGCCCGCGGUGCCUCUACCUACCCCACGGACUUCAGCGGUGUCCUGCAGCUGUGGCCACCCCCGGCACCCCCCUGCCUGCUCAGGGCUGCCUCCAAGACCAAGGACAACCCCGGCAGCUUCGGAAAGGUGAAGGUCAUGCUACGCAUCUGGCCAGCACAGGGGGCCCAGCGCUGUGCCGAGUCCACGUCCUUCCUGAAGGUGGACCCCCGGAAGAAGCAGGUGACCCUCUACGAUCCAGCUGCCGGGCCCCCGGGCAGUGCCGGCCCCCGGCGUGCUGCCACCACAGCUGUCCCCAAGAUUUUUGCCUUUGAUGCCAUCUUCCCCCAGGACUCGGAGCAGGCUGAGGUGUGCUCCGGGACAGUGGCCGAUGUGCUCCAGUCUGUGGUCGGUGGGGCUGAUGGCUGCAUCUUUUCCUUUGGCCACAUGAGUCUUGGCAAGUCGUACACCAUGAUCGGGAAGGACAGCUCGCCCCAGAGCCUGGGUGUGGUGCCCUGCGCCAUCUCCUGGCUCUUCAGGCUGGUGGAGGAGCGCAAGGAGAAGACAGGCACGCGCUUCUCCAUCCGCGUCUCCGCCAUGGAGGUGUGCGGCCGGGACCAGAACCUGCAUGACCUGCUGGCCGAGGUGGCCUCUGGUAGCCUCCAGGACACCCAGUCUCCAGGCGUGUAUCUGCGGGAGGACCCCACGUGUGGGUCACAGCUCCAGAAUCAGAGUGAGCUGCGGGCCCCCACGGCAGAGCAGGCUGCCUUCUACCUGGAUGCGGCGCUGGCUGCCCGCAGCACCAGCCGGGCAGGCUGUGGCGAGGAUGCCCGGCACAGCUCCCACCUGCUUUUCACCCUGCAUGUCUACCAGUACCGCGUGGGCGAGUGUGGCCAGGCAGGAAUGUCCGGAGGCCGCAGCCGUCUGCACCUCAUCGACCUGGGCAGCUGUGAGGCGGCACCCGGCAGGGGUGGAGAGGCCACUGGGGGACCCCUGUGUCUGUCCCUGGCAGCCCUGGGCAGCGUCAUUUUGGCUUUGGUCAAUGGGGCCAAGCAUGUGCCCUACAGGGACCACAGCCUCACCAUGCUGCUGCGGGAGUCCCUGGCCACCACUGGCUGUCGGACCACGAUGAUCGCCCACAUCUCAGAUGCACCUGCCCACCACGCCGAGACGCUCAGCACUGUGCAGCUGGCUGCCCGCAUCCACCGCCUACGCAGGAAGAAGGCCAAGUAUGCGUCCAGCUCCUCGGGCGGGGAGAGCUCCUGCGAGGAGGGCCGGGCCCGCCGCCCCCCACACCUGCGGCCCUUCCACCCGCGCACGAUGGCUCUGGAUCCUGACCGCCCGGUGCCUGGCCUUCCUGGCGACCCUGACUACUCAUCCAGCAGUGAGCAGUCCUGUGACACGGUCAUCUACGUGGGUCCCGGCGGGGCUGCGCUGUCCGACCGGGAUCUUACCGACAACGAGGGUCCGCCUGACUUCGUGCCCAUUAUCCCCGCACUGAGCCGCCGGCGGCCCUCGGAGGGCCCUCGGGACGCCGACCACUUCCGCUGCAGCACCUUCGCGGAGUUGCAGGAGCGGCUAGAGUGCAUCGAUGGCAGCGAGGGCCCCUCGGGACCCCCAGGCGGCACCAGUGGAGCUCAGGCCAGCGCCGCCCGAAGCAGCAGGAAGCUCUCGCCCCCCGAGGCUGCAUCCCCCAGGAAGGCCGUGGGCCCCCCAAUGGCUGCCAGCACCCCUCGAGGCAGCCCUGGCCCAGACACACACCGGAGUGCCCCUGAGCCCUCCAAGGCUGGUGUCCAGGGUGACCAGAGAAGGGACAACAGCACCUGGCCUGAGCCACCUGCCCCAGACACGGCCACAGGGGGCGGAGGCAGGAGGCCACUGCCCAGCCCGGCCCCUCCGCCACCUCAGCAGCCAGAAGCUCGCGAAGCCCCUGCAGAACCUGGGGGAGGGGGCGCCGGCAGCGUGGUGCGGACACCCCCCGUGGGCAUGAGCGGGCAGGUGGGCCAGCCCCCUCCCUCCCCGGACGUGGCCUGCCCCUGCCCGUCUGCUCGCAGCCUCCGCCUGGAACGGGGCUUGCUGACCACCACGGUGACCCUGCAGCAGCCGGUGGAGUUGAACGGCGAGGACGAGCUGGUGUUCACGGUGGUGGAGGAGCUGCCCCUGGGGGCGCUGGCAGGGGCCCCGCGGCCCUCCAGCCUGGCCAGCUUUGGCAGCGACUGCUCCCUGCAGGCCCUGGCCUCUGGCUCGCGGCCAGUCAGCAUCAUCAGCAGCAUCAACGAUGAGUUUGAUGCCUACACUUCUCAGGCACCCGAGGGUCCCAGCAGCUCUGUGGGGGCCCUGGAGGGUGCAGCCUGGGCCAGUGGCAGCUCUGGCCCAUCCAUCGGCUCCUGGCUCAGUGAGGUCAGCGUGAGCACUGCUGAGAGCCCCAGCCCCACACCAGGGCCUCCCUUUAGCCCUGACUGGCCAGCAGGGCCUGUUCCCCCGGGAACCCCUCCCCUGAGUGGCAUCCUGGAGGACAGCAGUUGCAGGCCAGUGGAGCAUGGUGGGCCUGGCAGCUCUGGUCCAGCCCGCAGUCCUCACCCCCGGGAGGCCACGGCAGCGGCCCUGGCUCAACCUGUCAGGGAGCCCUGGGCCGGGUCUCCACGGGGGACAGCUGCGGUCCAGACCAUCCACUCCAGCCUCCCCCGGAAAACCAGGACUGCCUCCUCAGCCGGCUGUGCGGGCUGCACUCGCCCAGGCCGGAGCCCACCCAGCCCUGGGGGCCCAUUUGAGGACCCCUGGCUGCUCCGUGCUGAUGACUGUGCCGUGCUGCCGCGGGCCUCUGCUGCUGGGGCCUCCAGUCCACCCCUUGGUGCCCCCUGGCUGCCGGAGGCGCAGGUCGUGCUGGCUGGUGCCCAGAGGGUGGUGGAUGUGUGCCAGGUGGCAGCCGGGACAGGCCGCAGACCUGAGGCUGUGGCUCUGAUCCCACCGUUGCGGAGGGGUGCCACCACUCUGGGCGUGACCACACCUGCCAUGUCCUGUGGGGACACCCUGGCCGAGGCCAUCUGCUCUGGCAGCCUAAAGUCCUCCCCCAACAGCAAGAAGAGCUUGGCUCUCAAGGGGGGCUUCUUCCCGAGGCCCAGUGGGGCGGUUCCCCCAGCUCCACCGGUGCGGAAGUCCAGCCUGGAGCAGAAUUGUGUGGGGUCAGCCCCUCCCCAGGCCCUGGGCCUGCACCGGGCAGGGGCUGCUGCUGCCUUCCGCGGGGAGGAGGAAGCCAGGCCCAGCAGCCGGGCUGACCACUCCAUUCCCAGGGCCACGGCCAGCCUGAAGGCUCGCGCUGGCAAGAUGGAGGUGGCGCACCGUCCCGCUGGUCACACGUCCCUGGAGCGGUGUGAGGGCCUGGUGCACAGCAGCAGCAAGGUCAGGGAGGCCCCUGGGCGGCCCCCCCGGGCUGUGCCCAGGCUGGGCAUCCCACCCACCAGCCCCACGCCCGGGCCUUUCCCUGCCUGUCGGGGCAGCCCUGCUAAAAGCAUGGGAGCCCCCAAGCCCCCAACGGGCGGGGCCAAGGGCCGCAGCCUUGUGACCAGUGGAUCUCGGGCCGUGGGAGCAUCCGUGAAGCCACUGGCCCCUGCAUCGAGCAGGACCCCUGGUGGCCCCAUGAUGGGCCCCCGGGCAGCUCCACGGGCUGCACCUGGCCUCGGGGCCAAGGCGGGCCGUGGCACCAUCAUGGGCACCAAGCAGGCGCUCCGGGCUGCCCACAGUCGUGUCCACGAGUUGGCGGCCAGCGGAGCUCCUGGCAGAGGCCCCUCGUGGGGCUCGGCUGACUCGGACAGCGGUAACGAUAGCGGUGUGAACGUGGCGGAGGAGCGACCGCCUGCAGGCCCAGCCCUGCCCUCCCCCUACAGCAAGGUGACUGCGCCCCGCAGGCCCCAGCGCUACAGCAGCGGCCACGGCAGUGACAACAGCAGCGUGCUCAGCGGGGAGCUCCCGCCCGCCAUGGGCCGCACCGCGCUCUUCUACCACAGCGGGGGCAGCAGCGGCUACGAGAGCAUGAUGCGUGACAGCGAGGCCACCGGCAGCGCCUCCUCGGCCCCCGACUCUACCAGCGAGAGCGGGGCCGCCUCCCCAGGCGCCCGCUGCCGCAGCCUCAGGUCCCCCAAGAAGAGGGCCACAGGACUGCAGCGGCGGCGGCUGAUCCCAGCCCCGCUGCCUGACGCCGCUGCCCUGGGCCGCAAGCCCAGCCUCCCUGCACAGUGGGUGGACCUGCCGCCGCUAGCUGGUGCUCUGAAGGAGCCCUUUGAGAUCAAGGUGUACGAGAUCGAUGAUGUCCAGCGCCUGCAGCGGCACCGUCAGCCCCCGCGGGAAGAGCCCGCCCAGCUCCCCCAGGAUGUGGAGAAGGGCCCGGUGUGUGUCAGCUCCAAGCUGCGGCUGGCGGAGCGCAGGCAGCAGCGGCUGCGGGAGGUGCAGGCCAAGCGUGAGCACCUGUGCGAGGAGCUGGCCGAGACCCAGGGCCGACUGAUGGUGGCACCCGGCCGCUGGCUGGAGCAGUUCGAGGUGGACCCGGAGCUGGAGCCUGAGUCCGCCGAGUACCUGGCAGCCCUGGAGCGGGCCACGGCCGCCCUGGAGCAGUGCGUGAACCUGUGCAAAGCCCACGUCAUGAUGGUCACCUGCUUCGACAUCAGCGUUGCUGCGGCCGCCGCUGUGGCAGGGCCACAGGAGGUGGACGUCUGAAGCUGGACGGGACACCUGGCCCAGGAGGGGUGGUCAGGGUGUGUGAGGACGGGACGUGGAUGGAGUGAGGAUGUGCUGGAGGUUGGAAGGAGGAUGCGGGGUCUGCGUGGGACUUGGGGUUCAGAGAGGAGAUGGAGCGUGGGGAGGGGAGGGCCGGCCGGCAGCAGACGGCGAGUGAGCACAGAGACGGACUGUCGCCUGGAACAGCCAUGCAAGUGCCUUUGACCUUGAGUUGGACUUUGCUUCUUUUCACAUUUGGUGCUAUGGACUCCAGACACCAGCAGCGGGCGGUGCCGGGCCGUGGCUGGCGGCUCCCCUGCCCGGGCCUCGGACCUGGCCUUCCUUGCCGAGGACGUGCCUGUGCUCACCAGCUCUUGGAGUGCUGGGGUUCUUUUCCUUCACAGCCGCUGCUCUUGGCAGAGUGGACGGCACCAGUGGGGUCUCCCGAAUUGGGAGGGCCACCUCAGGUCCCCUCCCUUCCCCGAGGCCUCUGCUGGUCCCGAGCGAGGACUUGGGUGAGGGUGGAGGACUUGGGUGAGGGUGGAACCACGGCUAUACGUUGCCUUCUUCCACGGCAGGAAUUCUUACCAAAACCACAGCAAAAAACAAAAACCACUACCAACAGACGGGGUUGGGUUUUGUAAGGUUCUGUUAGGUCCCUAUUUUUGUAUCGUUUUGCCUAUGAACGUGGGAUUUGCAGUGGGGGUUUGAAGACAAAUGAUCUAUCUUUUUAUGGUUUUUUACGGAAGGCAUUCCUGGCCAGGCUCCUGGCAGCUGCCGGAGAGGGCUCUUGCGGGGGGGGGGGUGCCCCGGGUGGUGCGGUGCCUGCCCAGCCAAGUGAGGUCCCCCGCCGGCACCUUCACGUUUCGGCCAUUGUGCUUUCUGGAGGGCGCUCAGAUCUUUGUACAGAUGUGUAGAUAACAUCUCGCCACAGUUUUUAUUUGUGAAUUAAAGAUGCACCUGUUGUUCC